AUGUCGCUCUGGCCAAUGAUCUGCGACGGCGACACCGAAGUCGAUUCCCGCUGCUGGCACCACGGGACCAUCCUCACUCCCGAGGCUCCUCACCCGGCGCACGGGAGUUUCACCGACCUCAAAGCCCUGGUCGAAGCGAUCCAUUCCCGCGGGAUGCGCGUCCUGUUCGACGUGGACUGGACGGGGUUCUCGAACGCGUCCGUGUUCUACGACUACGACCAAUCGGGCCACCCGUCGUCUUAUGGCCCCUUAUUCGAGCCGGGCGAGGAGUACCGCUACAACGCCCAUCUCUCGCAGAAACCGCGGCUGACGGAGGACCAGGCGAUGUUCUCGCUGUUCGCGAGCACGCUGGACGCCUUCACGGGGCCGCUGGGCUUCGACGGCGUCUACUGGAAGGGGCUGCUCUGCCUCCGCCUCGACGGCGCGCGCUGCGCCCACGGCCAGGGCUCCGAGAACGCCGCGCUCGCCGCCAUGCUGCGCUCCGUGGUCGGCCAUUUCCCCGCGGUGCGGCUCUGGUUCGGGGAGGACGACGACAACCUGCACGCGACGACGCGGCACUCGAUCCAGAACAUCGUCGACGCCGUCGGCCAAGGCGGCCUCGGCUUCCACGCCAAGCGCGACCUCGCCGGGUUCCCCGUUUUCCCUGUUUCUCACGCGUAGCGAGGCGGAGCUGCGCAGCGUGUUCCUCGCGGCGUCGCUGGACCCCGCGGCGGUGGCGCGGUUCUUCGUCCAGCGCGGUGCGCACGAGCGCGAGCUCACGCCCGUGGAGUCGCUGCCCA